GAAGUUUAGAAGGAAAACAAUAUGGAGGCUUUCGAGGAAGACUCGAAAGUCCGUUCUGAAAUUGCCAAAAUUGACAAUGAACUUGAACGUAUUCAGCAAGAUAUUGAAGAAUUAUUAAAGAGGCAAGAAGAGCUGGGUGAUCGAAGGGAGUAUUUACAAGAACAACUGAAUGAAAAUAAAGUAUUUUUGCAAAGCAAGAGCAAGGAUUGGUCGCUGAGAAAUUUUGAAUGGUCAGAAAAAAUUGAGGAUUUAAGAGGGAAAGUUUUCCAUAUUGAUGAAUUCCGGCCGCUGCAGUUAGAAUGUAUGAACGUUACCAUGUCAGGUACUGUUAUAAAUUGUAUCUGUGUUGUGUUCCAUGAAUUGGGUCGGUUAAAGGUUGUACAAUUUGUGUAUCAGUCAAUUCUAGGAUUCCCAUCCCCCCCCCGGCAUUUGCAAUUAUUUUCUUUAAAGUUAACAAUUGCCCUGUGCCGGGUAGGAACAGCAUGGCAAUGCCCCCACCCAUGACAAAUGCUCGGCCCCGAGGCACACUGGCUCAGUUAUGGAAUAUUUUUUAAAAGAGAAGCGGCAUUUCAAAACUAUAAUUUAUAUAAAAUUGCAAAACUAAAAGUUUUGAGCCGAUCAUAAAAUUAAAUAAACAUUUAAAAUCUAGCUGGUUCUCUUCAUGUAAAAUUAUAUGGGAAACGUACGAGGCAGAUAUGGGCAUUUGACUAUGUUUUUGCCCGCACCAUUGGGAAUUAGACAAUGGGUUUCGACCGCACCAUCGACCGUAUUUUUUUUGAAAAGUCAAAUUCCCGGGGGGGGGGGCAUGAUCGCAGUUGGAAUUGACUCGUACAUUAUUUAAUUUAAUACGUCCUACACUACAGUACAGUCUACAGACUACAGUAUAUUUCUUUUCAUACCAGGGCUGACAUGAAAAAUAGAGGCAUUCUGGCGAGUAAUAUCUUUAGAAAGAUACAAUUUGAGUUGCGCUUGCGGAAUGCAGCAAUAAGACUUUGAUCUGGAGAUGAAUUUGGUGUUUUGUACUCAUUAAGCAUAUUUUUAAAAAAUAAUGAAUAAUGAAAAAUUUUCGUGCGGCAGAUAAAUCCCAUGCGGGCGGAGACGAGAAACAUGAUAUCAAUUUUCAUUGGCCUAAGGGUCUGUCAACAAAUAGAUUUUGUCCUACAUCGCGGACUUGGGCUGCGAUGGGGGGUAGAUUAGAAUCCGCUAUUACAAAAUAUUUGGGACGAAAACUGACUUUAGAAAUACGAAGAUUGGAAGAAAAUGUAGUACAUUUCAAAUAAUAUUGAAAAGGCAAAAAGCGGACACAGCUCAAAAGCAAUACUUUGUUUGAUAUUUACAUUUUGAAGUACACAACCUGUGCCCGAACCAAUUCUGGUUAAUUCCUUUAAUAUGUGUUGCCGCUGGAAUAACUGAUCGCGGCCGAAUAUUUUGUGUUGACAUUUCAGCAGUUUGCAGUUUGACACAAACUUUCUUUCGUUCAAUCAAGGAUAUAAAUAUUGCAUUUUGUGGACAAAAAAUUGGGUAUUUAUUUAAAUUUUAUGUUGCUUACAACUGCUAAAGAACAAGCCGAUUGUAAUGUUAGAAGUCAAUAUGCUGUAUUCUUGCCUAAAGGUCCUAUAGUAGACUGCUCACAGUCAUAUUUUGGACAAUAUUUUGGACCAUAAUUUCAAUUAUCUUGGGUAUUUAUUUAAUUAAUCUUGGGUAUUUAUUUAAAUUUUAUAUUGCUUACAACUGCUAAACAAUACGGAAAGUAGUUUUUAUUUAUUACAAGCUGAUUGCAGGGUGCGAAAUAACGGCUGGAGGGUCGCCAGUCAAGGUGACCGGCCAACUCAAUUUUAGCUUAGACAUACCGAAUAUCUGGCCGGUCAAAUUAUUCAGCUUAAAGCAAAGCCUAGUAAAGUAUACCCCUAAAAAUGUGACUAUUUUCCCAGUAUAGCAUUAUAAAAAACCUAGCCUGAUAAAACAGCCGCCUGUUAUUGCUCGUUCCUCCCAAGAAUAGGCGGCUGUUUUAUCAGGCUAUAUAAAAAGCCUUACUGUAAUCAGUAAUUAAAAUGAAGAUUAGUUUGUUCUUUUACCGAAAGUGACCGGUCAAAAUGACCGGCAAGGUAAGAAUUUGAGCGGACAACUCUUUACGUUAUUUCGCGCCCUGGAUUGUAAUGUUAGAGGUGCACUGUAUUCUUGCCUAAAGGUCCUAUAGUAGACUGCUCACACUCAUAUUUUGGGUCACAAUAUUUUGGACCAUAAUUUCAAUUAUCUUUGGGUUUUUUACUUGCCUGCGAUGAGGUAGGGCGGGAGGGGGUUUAAAACAAUCGCGGCCCAAGUCCGCAAUGCGGGACGAAAUCUAUUUGUUGACGGUCCCUAGGACUUUCUUGACAGUAAGUUUCCUUGUAUAAAAGCUGCAGCAGUCAUCCCACUCACUGCUUUUGAACAACAAAAACAUGCUUGAGCAUCUGUUCAGUUGUUAUACAAUAAACAUGGCAAAUAAACAAUCCUCGUUUUUAUUCUCGUAUUCAAAGAUAUUAUUCAAAUUAUUAAAUAUUCAUGAGCUUCAACACCAUUUUAAUAUAAUAGAGAGUUUAAGCUUUGCGUUUAUACGCCAAACGUACACCAGGCAAAGAAAAAUUUUACCGUAUCAGGCAACAAAGAGUAAAUAAAUAAUUUGUUUUAAAAACUGCAAUGUAUGCUUAUAUUCUUUCAACAUAAGAAAGAAAGUAUGAAACAAAAACGUUCGAUGAAAAUUUUGCCAAGGAAGUUCGGACCCUGCCAUUUGCCGUGGCCCGGAAGGAUGAAGGCAGCUUAAUUUAAAUUCUCCACUAACAUGUUGGAGAAACGUCCGGUUGAGACAAAUGCCUGACCGGUAAACAAUUCCUUGCCCCGGGGACAAUUUGCAAGUUCCAAUGCCUGGCCACCGGGCAAAGAAAAGAUUACAAAUGCCCGGGGUUUGCCUGGGGUAGGGGGGAGGAUGGGCAAUGCUAGAACUGACUGAUGCAUUACUAUAUCCUGUACAGCCUAAUAUUUACAUGUCUGUCAGAUUUGGGAUCCUAGGUAGCGACGUAAAUAAUAAGGUGAAGACGUAAAUAAUAAGAGUCAUACUCAAGACGUAAAUUUAUAAAAUGAUACCAUCAAAAACUUAAAAUUUUAGAGAAAAUUUUCUUUGAACAGUCGUGUUGUCAGCUUACUUGAUUUCCAUUCAUUGAAUAUUAUUACAAAUAAUGGGUUUGAGCAAAUUAGCGAACACUCAAUUUUGAUAAUAACUCAAAAAACUUUCUUUUGUGCCAGCUUAAGGUCCUCUGUCGCAAUUUGCAAGAUUAAAGCGAAGCUGGCAAGUUUGGACCACACAGGGCUAACGGCAAUUAUUUUGCAGCUACAGUACCUGCAAAAAAACUAAAUUAAUAAAAUAUACAGGCAUGUAUAUAUAUAUAUAUAUAUAUAUAUAUAUAUAUAUAUAUAUAUAUAUAUAUAUAUAUAUAUAUAUAUAUAUAUAUAUAUAUAUAUAUAUAUAUAUAUAUAUAUAUAUAUAUAUAUAUAUAUAUAUAUAUACUGAGCUGAUCCAAAGUGCAGUCAAUGUAAAUUCUGUGUGGGAGAUUCGCCAUAAUUUACAUUACAUAAUUAAAUCCCAUGUCUAAAUAACUAAUCUAAACUCUUACAUGUAUUCUAGUAAAUACUGUUUAAAACAUCAUAUUCAUGAAGUUAAUAUCAAAUAAUGGCUCAAUGUGUAUACUCAGGUUAGAAAAUGCUGUGCUGAGUGGUUAUAUUACUACCUUAAAAAAUAAGCAGAAACUCAACGUUUCGAGUGGCCAGAACUGGAUCUGGCCAGAACUUCCGAAAAAAUUCGGGACUAGGGGGAGCUGGGGAGGAUAUGGCACUAGGGCAGCUGGGGAGGAGGAGACUACGGGGAGCUGGGGAGGAUAUGGCACUAGGGCAGCUGCGGAGGAGGGGACUACGGGGAGCUGGGGAAAAUGGCACUUGGGCAACCGGGGAGGAGAGGACUAGGAGGAACUGGGAAGGAUGGCACUAGGGCAUUCGGGGAGGAGGGGACUAGAGGCAGCCGGGGAGGAGCGGGGUGGACCACCCAUGCAAUAAUAUCAAAAAGAUUUGAAUACCGUAACAGAUACUGAUUUAUUAUUGACAGUUGUUGAACUGCGUAACAAAUUUUCAACCAGGAAAGCAUUGGUAGGCUAGAAAUUGAGCUAAAUAUUGCAUGGAAUUUAAAGCAAAAACGUUUCAAGAACUAAGAUUGUUUUAACAUAAAGGAAUAUUUGGCUUUGCCUAAGAACAAAAUGUUUUUGUUGUAAGUUGCGUCUAGUUUAUACUAUAUACGCGCGUUUCAAAAUUUUGAGGCCAGAUUUUCCGCUAAUGUCAAUACUUCGCGAAAUAUUGAACGGGUUACAAAUGAGGUUGCCAACAUCUCUUUGUAGUGCCUCAUUUUCUCUGAAUCUGCAUCACAAACUAUAACUGCAGGUCGGCAACAUUUUUCUAACCUAACACGACGAUACAGUACGUAGUAGCCAUUGCUGAUUGCCGAAGCUUGAUGUUGAAAUAUAUUGAACUGUAUUAGAUAACCUGCGAACAUGUCCUCUAAGGGGCUGUUUACGUGAUCUCGGUUUUCCAGAUCGGCAUGAAAGGCGGGAUGAUUUUCAUGUAAUAUUCAGGGCCGUAACUAGAGGUGAAUAUUCAUAUAUCCAUGUUCACAUACCGUAAAGACAAUGGCUUUCAAAAGAAAUCCGUCGGGCAGAACACGAAUAUAUGAAUAUGCCCCCCAAUUAUCACGUCUAAUUAGGCCCUGCAUGUAUUGAAAUAAGUUAGUACGCUUAAACGUCGGUUAAGGGGACUGAAAUGUUGGCAAGAAGAUCUCGCAGUUCAGGAAGUCUAUAAACUAUUAUACUAGGAAAAUAAUGCAGUUUUGCUGACUUAUGAACCGUGACUUAUUUUAAUACGAAAUUAUCCCGCAUUUCAUCUUGUCCCGGCAGAGGCAUCAUGUAAACAGUCCCUAAAAUAUAAAAGAAAGCCUGCAGCAAUUCUUGGUCGAAUCUUGCUGUGAUUUGUCAAUGUAAAACUAAACUCGACUGAAUUUCCUGCUGCUUCCCUACAUCUCGAGAAAUUUUGUUCCGAGUUCAGACCAGACUGAAAGCCUUGAAUUGAGGGCCUGCAUCGAUGACUAAUGAAUUUGAAUAUCUGCGUCUCAAAUCGUGACGCGAAAUUCUCAUUGGUUUAUAUGUUUCCGCUGAGCUCUAUAUAUGUCAACUGCUGAAACAGCACUAUGAGUAAAAAACACAUUAACUGAUCAAAUUGGUCUUGACCUUCUUAUCUCAAAGCAUGAAAUGUUCUGUUUUGGGAAAACAGUAUUUAAAACAUUUAAACUUUUGCUUGAAUAUCUUAUAUUUCGAAAAACAGUAUAAACUGUACGGUCUAAAUUUAGUUUGCACGGUCUAAAUUUAGUUUGCACGAAAGUUGUAAGCAACACUAUAUAAGGAUAGACAUUCCAUAUUUGGAAAGACGAACGUUACGGGGCAGAUAUUCAAAAUUGUAUAUCAUCAGUGCAGGCUCUCAAUUCAACUUGAGAGCCUGUUCGCAGGCUAAGUUCAGACCACUGACUGCCACAAUUGCGAACUUAACCAGUUAACUGGAUUUUUUCUUGUAAAUAGAAACUCCGUAGUUAGGUUACGGAAAAUGUUCUCAAUCUUUAAAAAUGCUAGAAGCGUGAGAUGGAGACAGGUCACUCCUGUCAACUGUAUCUUUAUGUAAUAUACAGAGACAGGCCUAGAAAAUAUAUUUCUCUUCCUGGCAGCAAAUCCAGAGAUAAAAAUUUCGUGUCAUAAGCCAAUUUCAUAGUCAAAUAUAAAACUUCCUGCAUGUGGUAGAUUUCAGAGAACGUAUGGUGCCGCACAUUGUGAUUAACUCCAAUCUCAGCAAAGACAAUAUCAACUUGCAAAAACCUUUUGCAAUUUUUAGACAAUAAGUAAAUUAUAUGGCAUUCCAGUAUAUGAGAUGACACACAUUUUCUACAAGGUGUAAGAAGAUUUCCUGCGAAGAUAUUUUGUUAAACAUUUUCUGGCAGCGGUGCUGCUGGCGCUGCUGUUGACAUGCUCAAAUUUUUUGUGUGUGUGUUUUGAUGUUAUGUAACUUUUUGGCCUGCCCGGUGUGGAUAUACACUCAGAGUAACAUCAGACACAUUAUGCUCAAAUUUAUGGCAUUGAAGUUGUACGUGGUACGGUUUCAAUAUUUUUUAGGGACCGUUCAUUAUUUAUACCUCGGGUUGGUACCGAAGAGAAACGAAAAACACUGUAAUUUUUUUAUUUACCCAACCUCAGCAUUGGUCAAAAUAAUGUUUACCCAAUCCAUGUACUGUACUUCAUAAUAACUAAACACACAGGAUUAUGGUGAUAGAAAUCAAGUUGCCUAAGUGACUGGUCAUAAAGUAACUGCUAGGGUGGGCUGGAGGUAAAUCACAAAUUUUGCCAAUAAGUUUGGUGACCCAUCUUAGGAUGGAGAUAAAAAUUUCAAAGCCCAUCCAAUCUUACCAAAUUUAUUUCAUGACCCACCCACCCAAUCUAAAUUAGGAAAAUGCACUUUUAUAAUAAAAAAACUUGCAGGUAUGAACAUAUAUCAAUACAGUGCCGGGGCCCGGUGUAUAUCUUUAUUUUUUGUAUCUGCGAAGCACAUUAGUAUUAACGUUUAUACUCAUAGCCAUUCAGCGACGAGCUUGUCUAAUUAAGCCAAUCAGCGAUUAGCUUACAUCAAUUGUUUACAUCGUGCUCGCACCUAACCUGCGAACGGGCGUUGUUUGGCCUCGUGUAAGUCGUGUACUCGUGUUAUUCUUUGCCAUAUUUUGGCUUCAAAAAUAUCUUGAUUUUAUCUUGAAUUGGCUGUCUUGUUUUCACCAUUCUACUUGUGAUAUUAUUCCAAAGUUAUCUAUCAACAUGGAAACUUAUCCUCAUCUGGUAAGUAGCCAAAUACCACAUUUUAUUAUAUACAUUUAUACAGUAUAAAAACAAUCAUUGUGUAAUAUUUUAAACAGUCAAAACUCUGGCUGCAGGCAUAUAUUGCCAAUUAACAAUAUCACAAGAAACUAAUGUUCUCAGGAGAUAUUGAAUUAAAUCCUGGUCCUGUAUUUCUGUAACUCUGUUCAAAACAACAGUCCAACUAAGUUGUCAUCAAAUGUAGUGUUAGAGCAAAGGUAAAGAUGUCAUCAGUUAAAAUUAUACUUUAUAUACAUUUUGGUUUUACACAAUAGAGUUAAUUAAUCAAAAUUGUUACAACCAUUUUCAAAUGCUAAUAAAAGAAUCCCUACCCUCCCUCCUCAUUACAUUGUCAUUUUGCUUUCUAAUAUAAAUGUUUUUGUUUAGAGAUUAAUACAAGAAUGAUGAAUACAUGUACUGACCUACUGGAUAUUGGCUGGAUAAUUUUGUCAGAACAACCCACUUGCAAGACAAUCUUACCUAAAUUCAUCAGUAUGGAAAAUAACUUAACAGCUACAAUAAUUAUAUAUUAUAUGGAUGGAUCAGAUCAAUGGCAGACAAUGUACAAAACUAAACUUGUGAUACCUUCUACUCAAACAGAUAUUCUCCCACAACACAAAUUGUUUUUGUGUGGAUAUGCUGAGUUAAACCGAACAGUGUGGUAUAUCAUUAACUGUGCACAGGGUUGGAAUUGAAUUAUAUACUUCACUCAUGACCUUCAAAACAUUCUCUACUAUUCAGUGCAUGGUCUUCAAUAUAUGAUUGACUCUUUGGUACAGUAAUGCAUGUUCCUCGAAUAGUGUGUAUGUUACUCAACAGUUAACAUUGGCAAGUGUAAACAACAAGUGACAGAACUUUGCUUCAUAUGAUCACAAUAAAGUUGUGAAAAUUCGAUGAGUAUGGAUUGACAAGUGACAAUUUACUAAAUAGCCGACUGUAUAGACACUUAUUGUUUGCAUGAAAUUUUUAUUUCCUGACUGCAUAAUUAUCCGUUACAAGCAUAAUCACAUUAUAAAAUUAGUUAAAUUUUAGGGCGUGGGGGGGGGGGCAGUUGCCCUGCUGCCCUCUGUGCAGUGUACAGCCCUGUUAGAUUUGUAUUAUGUUUGAUUUUAGAAUCAUAUUUGCUAUUAUAUUUAUCAUAAUAAGUGAUGAAAGCAGGGAAGCUUGUAAAAGUUAGGGGGGACGACUCCCACUAGGCGCCACCAUGGUUGGUGCCAAGGCCCCCUGGCUUCCUACGCCCCUGGAUGAAAGUAGAUAUGGGUUUUUGUUUGGUGGCCCAACCGUAGACAUAAAAAAAUAAUUGGCGGCCCAUCCAAACUGCCCAAAGAUUUUCCAUGGCCCAUCCCAAAUCACUCCGGCCCACCCUAGCAGUUACUUUAUGACCGGUCCCUAAAUUCUCAAAGCUCAUGCCCUCACACUCAAACUUACUGAGUGUGCUAAAGCAAUCACGUUCCUGCUGACCAAUGACUGAGCCCUUCCUCAAUCACUGAUGGUCUAUUUUGGUACAGAAUGUGUUGACUAUUGUACACAUUUUUCUUCAUAUUUUCCAAUGCAUGGUUAUUUUGGCUUUAUUUUAUGGACUUUAUGGACAGACAGCCAAAAGUGUUUUUACCCAACCCAUGAAGUAGUCAAAAACUUGAUUAGCCAACCCAUAUCUCUUCGAUAACAACCCCGGGUAUAAAUAAUGAACGGACCGUUCAUUAUUUAUGUUCUUAUUUAGGGUCCCUAGUACAAUUGUUGAUUGCACCUGAAGCAUAUCAAAGGGUUUUAGACUGCGACGAGUCUUUGCGAGUUCGCAAUGAUUUCCUUCAACCUUCGGCCGACUCUGUUAUCACAGACAAUAUUUUGAUAGAAUUCAGAGAUUACCUAAUUUUAUCACUUCAACUCAGGAACGCGCAGCGACCCGUCGCCAUUGCAAACUUCACCGUGGACGAAUUCCGUGGAGCAGAAAUUCGUGAUAACGGUGAAGGGGAUUCUCUAAUGGUAACACACACUUGGCAACAUAAAACAUCCAGCAAUUGACCAGCACCAUUAGUUUGGAGUCACACCGACUUUGAUAUGGGCCAUCUUUAUCUCAGAUAUCUACAGGUAAGCCCUGAAUUCCCAACGUCUUCAUCACAGGGAAUACAACUCGAAAAUUAUUUCUUUCUCACAACGUCAGGCUUAUAUUGCAAAAACGUAACCCAGCGAGUAAACAACAUUGCUGUAUGUCUUUGUCCCAAUUCAGAUGUCCAUUUUACAACUACAAUUAUUCGCAAGACUGUAGUGACCGCACAGCUUCUCGCAAAAGCAAUGCGAACAUAGAAAGUGGGCAUCUAGCUAAUGCGAUGACGAACUUACCAUCAACUUCAGAAACAUAGUAUGCUCUUCAGGACAGAACUGAAGAAUGCAAUUAACGCGUAUAACUUUAUAAAAAAUCAAGUCCAUACCAACGUCGAACCAAAGUCCGACGAACCAGUGGAACAUCCACAUACACCAGACAAGUCAACUUCCACUACGAAUGCGAACCAGUCAAAUUUAUCAUCGCCAUCGUGUUCAAUACCACCAUCAUUUCAACCACCAGGCAAAUCAUUUGCAAAAACGAGUAGUCGAAGGAAAAUGACUGCAGAUGAAGAGAGUUACUUCAAGGAAGCAGUUGCCGAUUUGCCACGAGAUGAGAACUUGCCCGUUAAAUCAAUCAUCUCAGCUCUAAAUAACGGCAAUUUUUUCACGUCAUGCCCGUCUGCAACAGAAUUUACAAAGCAACAGAUUAGAGACAAGUAUAAGUCAUUAGUAAGAAUGGAAAAUCGCAUUGGACAAUAAAAUUUCUUUUUAUUUUAUAUAUUACUGUAAUUAUAAAUCAGUGUUUAACCCAAAUAAACAGUGUCGAAAUUAUAUCAGUGAGAACAACUUGCCAAUGACAUAUCAUUAGAGAGUUAAUCGUGCCAAGAGCAGACCUUAGAUUGUGACAAUACAGUCACAAUAUAGUUACAAGUCAGGUGUCUCAGAUUCACACUGAUUUUUGUUCAUCAAAUUAAUGCGUGGUGGGCAUGAAAUUUUCAAUGAAUUAGAGAGAGAGAGGUCUUCUGAAAAAAUUACUUUACUCAGAAAAGACUACAGAACUGUAUAAAAUAUGUCCGGCCCCGGGCGUGCAUGUGUAAUUGGGCCGCACCAAUCUAGUUAAUUAACUAAGUAUUAAUUCUCACUGGUCAGAACCAUCAGGGCCUCAUGAACACAGCCUGAAUGGGGUGAAUUACUCUACUCUAAAAAUCCUCGUAGAUUUUGUGAAAACUCGUAAGUCCCAAAAGGCAAAAAAGUCUCUAAACAUCCAAAUAACGGAAAAUCCAUUUCAAAUCUCCAAAAAUCCCGAAAAAAUGAUAUAAGAAGGGUUUCAGCUUUUGAACAUUUUUCAUUAAAGAUGUGCAGCAUACUGUCGAAACAAAUCUUCUACUGUAAGUGUAAAUGUCUUUAGCGGGCUUAUUUCGGCUUUCCCGUUCCACGUAACAAAAUGGAUGGAAAUCCCGCGGAAUGGGAUUUCCGUCCAAAAUAAUGGGAUUUCCGUCCCGCGGGGGGACGGGAAUCCCGUCCCACGGGACGGGAAUCCCAUCCCGAGGGACGGGAAUCCCGUCCCGCACGGGACUGUUAACUUUCCCGUGAACGGUACUGUACAUGUAACUACAGGAGGAAGACGUAUUUUGUCUUACCGUUCUUCUUACAGCUUCUUUGCAAUAAAGUUUGAACAUCUUUUGGGAGAUAUGUUGUUAAAGUAUUUGUUGUCUAAAAACAAUUACUGACAAUAUAUUAUUACUCUGAUCAAUGUAAUGAUGAUUAUUACUCUGAUUAAUGUGAUAAUUCCGUACAGGAUUUUUAUGCAUAAGCAUGAAAUUGUCCGCAGUCCGAACUUCAAGGUUCGCAAAUAUGGUCAACAAAGAUGCUAACUUCGAUUCCCCAUGGCUUUUCCAAUAAAAUGUAACGCGGUAAUAUUUACUUCUGCGCAUUUUGACUGGCUUAAUAGAAAUAUAAUGCGGUAAAGGGCAGUAAAGGUGGAGUUACACGAGCAACAAAAUUGCUGCAACUUGCAACAAAAUCUGAUUUCAACGCAUGUUAAGUAGAAAUAUCGGCACAUGUUGCCUUGUGAUUUGUAAUUUAUGUGUAAACAUUUUCAAUUAACAUGUGUUGAAAUCAGAUUUUGUUGCAAGUGGCAGCAAUAAGUUUUGUUGCUCGUGUAACUCCAGCUUAAGCCACUCAAGCGAUAUUUUUAUCAGGCGAUAUUUGUAUACUUCUGAAACUAUCGUGAUUUCUAACGUUUGUAUAUAAAUUAGCCUGCUAUAUACAGUAGAUUAUAAAUCCGUUCCUGGCUUAAUUGUAAGGAAGAAAGCAAGUAAGUUGGGUGUGCUAAUUAUUCUCACUUGCACACGAGAGCUACUGUAAUCUGAAUUGCGAAUAAGUAAUAACACAGCUUAAAAUAAUCGUUAAUAAUUCAUAAACCUUGUGGCAAAUCAUGUCAGCCAUAAUUUGUCACGUGGAGUGACUUUAUAUCUCGUAAAGCAUGUGGCAUUAUAUAAUUGUUCAUCCUAAUUAGUAUGAUUGUAUAAUGGUUCAUCCUAAUUAGUAUGCUUUUGUAGUCGUAUUUUAGGCUAUUCAAACACUCGUUGUCGUGUUUUAUCAGACAUAAAACACUCGGCUGCGCCUCGCGUUUUAUAUCUGAUAAAACACUCCUACUCGUGGUUUAAAUAGUACUUAACCUGAAUGAGGCUUUUAAGAGCCGUAUGACUGAUGUCUGAUCACGGAGCACAGCUACGGUAGAAUAGUCAGUUGGGGGCUAAUCCCAACCCACCCUGCAACAUUCUUUGUCUGAGGAAACAGGAGUUGAUUUUCUCACACGAAUACCCCGAUUCCGGAACGAGAAUUGAACGGAGCUUGCUUGACGAUUAUGCCACCGAACCCCCUCGCCAAAACAACUGUAGUUAUAGGCCACCGAAACCUCGUCAAGUGAAUAACUGUAACCUGUUUCAAUGGACAGCUUGCAUGUUAAACUAAAUUUUAAUCUAAGUAAAGAGAAGGGAAUCAAACACCACAGCUAAAAAGAACAUAAUAAAAUGAGUAAAAUGGCAUAAUUUGGUAGCGAAAUGUUCUAAAUCUUGGAAAAUAAUUAUAGCCUUGCAAAGUUUGCAAAUUUUGUAUAUGUUUGUAUUGCGUGCGGAAAUUGUUACCAUUUUCGGCUCAAAAAUGGUACGAAUUUCCGCACGUAAUACAAAUAUACAAAAUAUGCAAACUUCGCAAGGCUAUAUUUCCCAAGCUUUACAACAUUUCGUAACCAAAUUUUGCAAUUUUACUAAUUUUAAUAAGUUCUUUACGGGAAUUUACUUUUUGCCUAGAUAAAAAUUGGUCUAACAUGCAAGUUGUCUAUUAGACAAGAUUUCAAAAUAACUUUUGAUUUGAUUAAUUUAUAGGUAUUGACUGUAUUCUUAUCAUGCCGACUGGUGGAGGUAAAAGUCUCACAUUUCAACUCCCGGCCUUAGUAUCAUCAGGUUUCACACUAGUUAUAUCACCUCUCGUAUCUCUGAUGGAAGAUCAGCUCAUGUCACUGCAGGAAUAUAAUAUUGACGCUUGCUUACUGAAUGCUGCCAGCUCUAAAGAUCAUGUCAAUAAUGUGCAUAGUAGAAUGAUAACCAAAGAAUCAGGCUUAAAAGUUUUGUAUGUCACACCUGAGAAGAUUGCCAAGAGCAAACGUUUUAUGGCUAAACUUGAAAAGGCUUACACAGGUACAGUUGUAUAAGAAAAAUCAUAUUCUGAAUAGCAUCACUCGUAGACUUGGUGGGAUAUAUUAUGGAUCACUCGUAGACUUGUUUUUAUGAGUUUACUGUACAAGCCUUUGUUGAGCGUUAAGCAUGUAGUUGGACGUGGCUGAAAAAAAAAACACCGAAGUAACAUAGCGUAAAAUUGGCUACCCCCUGUACUUUGCUUUUUGUACAAUUUAGCCUGCCUGAAAAAAUCCAACAGCAAUUUUUGUAGCCCCAGCGACUUUUUGAUGUUAACGUUUUGCUUUUACUAUGUGACGUUCCCAAGCCCAGGUUAUUCAAAAGCAUGAUUUAUUCGGAAUAUGUGUAAAGGCCCGUUUACACGGGCGAUUUUUGCUGCGAUUUUAGUUGCAAUUUUCUCCUUUUGGGGGAUCUGAAGGAGUAGAUUACUUAAUGAUGUUGUUAUCAGAUUUCAUAACCUGGAACAUUUAUAACUUAUCCACUCCUUCACAUCAUCCAAAAGAAGAAAAUCACAACUAAAAUCGCAUCAAAAUCGCCCGUGUUAAUGGGUCUUAAGUCUCUCAUGACUUGGCAUUUAACAUGAUUGGACCGAUACCUUGAAAUGGGACUAUUACUGGAGUCGAUUGUAGUGUUUGUAUAUCCAAUUGUACUCCUUGAUCUAUAACUCCUAUAGUUUCAGCUUACUGAAUGAUUUCCAUUCAGAAACUUGGGGCUGGUUGUAUAAAAAAGUGAUUAAAGUUAAUCAUAGUUAAGUAGAAAUGUCAUUCAAUAAGAAGCGCCUAUUUGAGAGUUAAUUAAAAAAGUGAUUAAAAGUUUUAUACAACCGGCCCCUGUGCUUUAUGUACUACAGUAAGUCUUCAUUCUAAAGACUAAGUACACCUUGAGUCUUAAGUCUUAAGUUUGUACCAGCUUAAGUACGCGACUAAAAAUUUUGAAUUAUCGCACCGUGAAAAAUAAGAGUGUUGAAAGAUAGUUCCGUUUUCUGUACGUCGACGACGUUCAGACUAACCAGCGUCUCGGUAAAACGUGAGCUUUGGAAAUCGAUUACAAAAGUCUGCUACCCGUGCCCCUCCCGUCCUUUUUUACUGGUCAAUGCUCAGUCACCUGACGUUAGACUUUCUUUUUUCAGCUGGCUGCCUGUCUCGUAUUGUAAUUGAUGAAGUACACUGUACCAGCCAAUGGGGGCAUGACUUCAGGCCUGACUAUAAAGUUCUUGGAAUUCUGAAAAGACAAUUUCCUAAUUCUCCAAUUCUCGGACUAACUGCUACAGCCACAACACGUGUCAUCGAUGAUGUGAAGAAAAUUCUCAACUUGAGAUCAAACUGUGUUUUAUUGAAAGCUUCUUUCAAUCGUCCCAAUCUUUAUUAUGAGGU